AUGGCCAGUUUGAAAGAAAUCAAAUCAUGUGAGAUCGUCCUUCCAUCACCCAGCCUUUAUAUUCCAAAUGGGACAUCACCAUUAACGAUCAAAGGAGACAUUAAACUUGUACUUUCUGCUCCAUUAAAAGUUACUCAAGUCGUAUUGAAGCUUCAUGGAUUUUCUCAAUUUAAUAAUUCUCAAAAAUCUGCAACACGUAAUCUUACAACCAAAGAUUUGAUUAAACAAAAACUUACUGUCGUCAACGUUACAAAAACGUACAACACUGGUGAAAAUUUACUUCCCUUCGCGAUCACCAUAAAAACUCCACAAAAUCUUCUUGGAAGUGUAGAAGGUAAACAUGCUGCUGUGCGUUAUGUUUUAACUGCCGAAUUAACUAAAGCAAGUCCACAUGCUAUUCACAAAACUUUAAAGAAUGUAAUUCUUCGUAAAAAUGUAUUUGCGAAUGGGGUUAAUAUUGAUGAGAAAGUCGUGUAUGAAGAUGAAAGGGAAGGAUUAUUGAAUGAACCUCGCGCUAAAGUCAAAGUAGAAGCUACAUUUGAAUCAUUGGAUAAUGCUGGCGUUAAGGAAGUGAAAGUUGAAGCCUUUGAGUAUGAAAUGUAUAAUCUUGCAAAAUUCAAUUCUACAACCGGAUCUGCUUCAUUAAAUAAUUCUUCCGCUCCAAAAUCAACAACUUCAGCUCCCAAGACCAAAACUCCGACAACAAGAGCCACAGCAAAGAUUCCAGCAUUUUCUAAUGUUAAUAUACCAAAUCCUCAUCAUACCAAACCUCUUCUAACCCCCCCUCUUACGAUUCCGGUGUCCUCUAAUGCAUCUGAGCCUGUCUCAUUUGAAAUUCCGAUAUUCAUUAGAAUGAAGCCUGAUUCGAAUGUUAAUUUCUUGGAAAUCAAACAUGAAGUUAUCAUGACGAUAAGAUUCGAUAAAUUCAUGUUAGCUCCGUUGAAACUUGAAGUUCCUAUUUCCGUUAUAACCAAUAAAUCAUAG